GAUAAAAACACCUUUAUUGACACUACGAGAACAAUACUAGCAAUCGAAAUUCGUCACUUGAUGGAAGUUGUGAUGUGACAGUCAUCCAAUAAAGAUGCAAUCGUGGCUUAUUUUGCUGAUAUUUUUCACACUAACAUCCGUCAAAGCAUAUGAUGUCUACAGAAACAUACAAAAAGAGUAUGGAUAUUUGGAACAUUUAGAAAGACAAAAUGAAAUCAGUACAUUACUUAAUGAAAUGAACGAGGAUAUGGACUUUGGAUUAGAAUUCGAUGCUUGGGAUUCAAAUAAAGAACCCAAAUACAAAUUGUGAUACAUAAAGCUGUGCCAGUCAAAGAAUUAAUAAAGUUUUUGAUUCAAAAUUGAGUAA